CUUGACUCGAUUACAACGCACUCAACGGUACAAGUUUGUUUUAAAAUGGCGGCGGAAGCGUCAAAACAGGUACGAAAUGUUAACGAUACCGGAUAAACUUGUGAAAUGCGUCGGUUUAAAUAACACCGGAGAAGCGGUUCCUCUCCUGUAGGGAUGCUGUGAGAGCGGAAAAAAAAGAAAGAAGAAAAAAAAAGUCUCGCAUUUGAACUUCAUUUGGCUGCAUAUAUGAGGAAACGCUGCUAAACCCAUCGAGUUGGCGUCAGCAGCAAGUGCACUUUGCGAGCAAGUGUGCUUAGACGGGGUGUUUCUUGUUUACAGCCUCAUGUCCCCCCUCCCACCCGUCCCGCUGAGGUGAAUUUAUGCGUUUGUCCCGACACAUUGCCUCACACUGGUGCUGUUUGUGUGUGCUCUAAGCUGCGUUGAGGCGAAAGGGAGGUAGGGUGGUGCAGCAGCAGUCCCAGCAUCAUCACCACCAUGCACCGUUCCAGCCGGCGGCUACCUGCCGCUCACCUGUAGCAUCCAACCGGCAUCAUGGCGAACACGAGACACGGUACCCAGGACCGGAGAGACAGCCGCUGCGGUGUGUCUGGAGAGGCCAUAGUGGAGAACGGCUGUGUAGUGACGGAGCUGACUCCCUCUGACCUGCACGAUCACACCAACCACCAGGGCCGCGAGGCCAGCAUGAACCCGUACAGCCAGCCCGUCCUGCCCAGCUACAAGCCGUCCUGCUCCUCCACCCCCAUCUACUACUGCAGCCCCCAGAAGAGCUACUCCGACCUGAACCAGGACAGCAGCAGUUUGACUUCCCAGGACUCGGGCAUCCCGACUCUGGAGAUCAACCCUCCGGAGCCCAUCCUCCACGCCCACCAACACCCAGGCGACGGGGACUCCAGUCACUACUCUCCUGCCACUCUAACUCUGGACGAGGAUCCCUCCGAUGGCGGCGCCAUCCGCAAGUCCUCCACUUUCCCCCGCAGCGGCUACGACUCCAUACGCCUCUUCAGCCCCGCCCUCAGGUUAUCCGCCACCGCGGGGAUGGGUCUCGGCGGCGGCGCUUUAAACCGCAGCGAUGACAUCUCUGUGUGCAGCGUGUCCAGCAUGAGCACCGAGCUGUCGGCCUCCAACGAAGACAUCUUGGAUUUCACGGUCACGUCGAGCUCCAGCGCCAUCGUGAACUUGGAGACGGAUGACAGCGGCGGCGCUCAUUUCUCAGACGUGACGCUGUCGUCGUCGUCGUCGUCGCCGGGACACCCCAGACACUUCUGGAGUCCGGGGUCGGGUGACGCGCAACAGGAAGAGGAUGGCAGGCAAAAGAAACUGGGCCCUCUAGCAAGCUUAUUCAACAGGAGCCUGUUUGCCAGGAGGGUGAAGGACAGUCGGCCAGUGGAGCAGAGGGAUCCAGGCUGGAAGCUGUUUGGGAAAGUCCCACUGCGGGAAGGCCCCAUUAAGGACCCUAAGAGAAUACAGAAGGAAUAUGAAACAAAGAGUGGCAGAGCUGGACCUGGCAACCCGACAUCUCCCAGGCACAGUGUGAGGAAGAACCUGGACUUUGAGCCCCUCUCCACCACCGCACUUAUACUGGAGGACAGGCCUGCCAAUCUGCCUGCCAAGCCAGCCGAGGAGGCACAGAAACACAGACAGCAGUAUGAAGAGAUGGUGGCCCAGGCCAAGAAGAGAGAGUUGAAGGAGGCUCAGAAGAGAAGGAAGCAGCUGGAGGAUCGGUGUAAGCUUGAGGAAAGCAUCGGCACAGCCGCCCAGAUCUGGAACCAAGAGAUCUUACCUAACUGGAGUACAACGUGUACAUCUCGACGAGUGAGAGACCUCUGGUGGCAGGGCAUCCCCCCCAGUGUGAGAGGCAAAGUGUGGAGCCUGGCUGUGGGCAACGAGCUUAACAUCACACACGAGCUGUAUAGCAUCUGUCUGUCCCGGGCAAAAGAGAAGUGGAGCACCACGCCAGCACCUUCCUUAGAGACUGAAGCGGAAGAUGCUGGUUCGUCAAACCGGGAGUCGAGCCUGGAGCUGAUCAAGCUGGACAUUUCAAGAACCUUCCCCCAACUGUGUAUCUUCCAGCAGGGCGGGCCAUAUCAUGAUGUGCUGCACAGCAUUCUGGGAGCAUACACUUGUUACCGGCCAGACGUUGGCUACGUGCAGGGAAUGUCGUUCAUCGCAGCAGUGUUGAUCCUGAACCUGGACACAGCUGAUGCCUUCAUAGCUUUCGCCAACCUGCUCAACAAGCCCUGUCAGAUGGCCUUCUUCAGAGUCGACCACAGCCUUAUGUUGACUUACUUUGCUGCAUUUGAAGUGUUCUUUGAAGAAAACCUACCAAAGCUCUUUGCACAUUUCCAGAAAAACAACUUGACCCCCGAUAUUUAUUUGAUCGACUGGAUCUUCACCCUGUACAGCAAGUCUCUGCCGUUGGACCUGGCGUGCCGGGUGUGGGACGUGUUCUGCCGAGACAACGAGGAGUUCCUGUUCCGCACGGGCCUGGGCCUGCUGCGCCUCUACCAGGACGUCCUGACCACCAUGGACUUCAUCCACAUGGCUCAGUUCCUCACGCGCCUGCCCGACCACAUCCCCGCCGAGCAGCUCUUCCAGCACAUCGCCGCCAUCCACAUGACCAGCCGCAACAGGAAGUGGGCGCAGGUCCUGCAGGCGUUACAGAAAGAUCCGGAGCGAGGCAGCCCGGUGCUGAAGCGCUGAGCUGAGAUCAGAGGAAAAGCAUCACACAUUACCAGACUCGAGCAGACCGACCCCCCCACCCCCCCUCCACCCCCCACCCCCCCUCCACCCCCGGGGACGGCCCCAUGCACCUGAGAAAAGACGUUUCACUUCAACGGGGGACAUAUCGGGUCUUAGCCGCUGUGAUAAACCUCUUCCCCAGAGCCGUGUCACCGCUUUAACCGGAACCAGCACCCUGGACAGGGGAGGCGGGGGGAGGGGGGGUGGGGUCUGUCGGUGAGACGUGAGCGGUGUGAAAAGGAAUACGAGGCCUUAUUUAUCUCCCACCACCUGCCCUCUGCUCAGAGGCCCAGGCCUGGACUGUGAAGUGGAGCUGGCAGAGGCUGAAGAAUGUAUCAUACACUCCCACCCACGGACCCGCGGGACCCACACAGAUACCAGUUACUGCUCGAAUCCUCAACUUCGAUUUGAAAUUCCUCUGCUGUCAGCGCUCUUUCUAGCUACACUUCUGCUCGUCUUCUCUUUAAAUGUGGCUAUUUCUGCGACAAAAACCAUACGUGUGAAUCCCCAGUCUCGAAACGGUUUGGGUCAGGGAAAGAAAUAGUCAAGUCCUUUUUUAAAAGGCAUCUCCAGAGUCCGAAUCUGCUGAUGUGAGUUUUUAAAUAUGUUAGGCGGAAUCUCAGCUAUUUGUUUCUGCACCUUCCCCCCUCAGAACUUCAGUCAUUCCUUCAUUGUCCUCUGCGUUUGAUUCUGUCCUCAGUGUGCUUUUUCCUUGGGGUGUUUCCCAGUUUGGUACAGAUCUGUCUCCUGAAUCAUUCCAUGAAGCCAGCCCUCAGUCUCGGAACGGGCUUUUGAGUCUAGAAAACCGGAAAUUCCCACAACGUUCCCGCUGAAGACUAUAUCGGGUGUCUCUGAGAGCGCCGCGUUGCUGCAUUUGUUGUGACCCUCUGGAAAGCGGUCAUCCGCCGCCUGUAGAAAAAAAAGAGUUUUAUAAUAUAUUUAUGUCAAUCAAACUGGAGUAAAUCAUGAGGUGAACUGCUGUUAGACACACACGCACCAUACAGUGUCAGACAGGGACCCCCCCCCCCUUGCCCUGAACGUCUGAGGUACAUUUCAGCUGGUUGGUGUUCCGCUUCUUGGUGCGAGUGUGGCGUCUUUAAAAUGUUGUAUUUAUUUAAUAUUUAUCAGAAGGACACAAACGGGACUUGUUCGAGUCGAAUGAAGGGUCGUUGCUGAGCCUCUCCUGCCUGUUUUCUCUCGGCCUUUUUAUCUCAAGCAAGAGAGACCGAUUCACAGAUCGACCGUGGUAGGAAAACCGAUGGCACCUUUUUAGUUUUUCAAGUGGCGUUUGCAUCGCAGAGUCUGAUUUCCGCAGUCAGUGGUCACCUGGCCCUCGGCCGCAACUCACCGGUUACAGCUUUGUGGCCGCUGGUCUGCGUCAGUGACGCUUGUGUUCACGCUGUGGUUAAUGUGUCACUUCAUCCUGAGCAGUGGGCGGGGCCAGCAUUUACAGCACAUGUUGGUUGGGGUUUUUUUUUUUUUUGCCCAGCCAAGUUUUGAUGAGUUAAGAUAGGCUAGACAGUGUUAAGUUAGUAGGCUACACAGCUUUUCUUGAUAAUCCGAUAAAAACAAGUGAAGUACCAUCGUACUGUUGAUCCCAACUUUUUUGUGAGUUGCACCUUUUGCACAGACUUGUUCAUCAAAUGAAAUAAGUGCAGAAAUCUCAUCAGCUGUUAAUGUCUGAGGAGUUAUUAGAUGUGUGUUGUGCUGCUGACUUUCCGUUUGUUGGACUUUACCCUGUUCUGUAACAUUGGUGAUGUGUAUUUGCCUCUCGUUCCCACUGAAGCUAGACUAGUGUCUUUGUGUGCCUGGACCACAGCCGAAGUACAACACGUUUAAAAACAGGAAGCGCCUGUCCUCUGUAAAUCAUCGUCAUCGUCAUCUCGGCCGGUUCAUGCUGCCUGCUAAAAGACGCACUUUCUGUGUGUUUCAGUGUGUGUGCAUCAGCUCAGCACCAUGCAGCGCACUUUCAGAUUACUCAAUGCACUCCCCCCCCCCCAACUCCCCCAGUGUGGUGACACACCGCAGGACUCUGCAAUAAAGCUUUUUGCACAUGACAUGUAAGCCUUUGAGUUGUGCCUCGCAUCACCACUUUAUGUCACCAGCCGCAGGUUUAAACAGGUUGUCUGUUUGUCAUCCUUUUGAUUUUUUUUUUUUUUUUUUUUUGGUGCUUAAGUAGUGUUAAAGUGUGUGUGUGUGUGUGUGUGUGUGUGUGUUUCAUGUGUUUGUGUUAAGUGGCAUUUUCAGAAUGACAUCUGUUAGUUACUGGUUAGUUGUGACAUUCAAGGCUGGUCCGUGUUUGAAUUGGCCCUCCCAGCUCUACAAACACUACCUGCUCCCCUUCCCAAAACACACACCUACGUCACCGUAUGAUCCCACCAGAAACUAAAUUCAAACUACAUAUGAAUAAAAGCAGUGUAAUAUGCUAGAAUUUCUUGGGUUUUGUUUCUUUUUGCAUUGUCUUGUUGUGUUUCUUCUUUAAGAGACCUGUUGUACUGUAGAGGACUGGUGGACAUACAUGGAGACAGCAGAGGGUUACCAUGCAACUUUGUCUCACUUGAACUGUAUAUAAAUAAUGGUUUUAUUAAAAUAAAGAGCUGUACAUAUUCAACCAGGAA